GCCAUGGCUACUGCCAUGAUGAACCAGAUAGAUUUUCAUCUUAGCUUGGUUCAGAGGGCCAUGCUCGCCAUGUCCUUGAGCUACGGGGCUAACUUCACCAGUGCCGUGCUGUUGCCCGUGACUCGCGAAUUUGCUGGCAAUCGCGACCCGCCCCCAGGGGCGAACGACAUCUUCAAUGCUCUGUACAGGUUGGAGAAGAAGUUUCUGGAUCUCCAGGACCUCGCCCAGAACGUCAAUGGCAUGUUCGACGAGACGCGCGAGCUAGUCAACCGCUUUCACAUGCUGCGGAGGGAGGAGGGCGCCCCCGAGUAUCGAUAG